AUGUCGAUUCCUGGCAUGUCCCGCCCAGGCACAAGUCUGAAUAUUGCCCAACAACUCCGCAAGACGACUCAGUUGGCUCUAGAAGAUUCUGGCCGGGGCCUCGACAAGAAGCAAUCUGGCAACAACUACACAACAAAGGUCAAAAUCGGCCACAAGUACAACAUUAUCGGCUUCAUUAGCAGUGGCACCUAUGGUCGAGUAUAUAAGGCUGUUGAGAAGAAUCCCAAGAGUGAUCCCUCCAGCCCUGUAGGAACGUCUCCGCCAAAGGAAUUGUAUGCCAUCAAAAAAUUCAAACCCGAGAAAGAAGGUGAUAAUGUCCAGUACACAGGCUUGUCUCAGUCCGCCAUCCGGGAGAUGUCGUUGUGCACCGAAUUGUCCCAUCCUAACGUGGUUCAUCUGGCGGAGAUCAUCCUGGAGGAUAAAUGUGUCUUUAUGGUCUUUGAAUACUGCGAACAUGAUCUGCUUCAAAUUAUCCACCAUCACACCCAGCCGACCCGGCGGCCGAUUCCUGCGACCAUGAUCAAGUCUAUCCUUUUUCAGCUUCUCAACGGUUUGUACUAUCUUCACCAGAACUGGGUCAUCCACCGAGAUCUGAAGCCGGCCAACAUCAUGGUCACUAGCUCUGGACAUGUGCGUAUUGGAGAUCUGGGACUUGCCCGACUGUUCCAUAAACCUCUGUCAUCGCUGUACGCUGGAGAUAAGGUCGUGGUGACCAUAUGGUACCGUAGCCCCGACCUCCUCUUGGGAGCACGUCAUUACACGCCAUCCAUCGACAUGUGGGCUGUUGGCUGCAUCUUUGCCGAACUCCUCAGCCUCAGACCGAUCUUUAAGGGAGAAGAAACAAAGAUGGAUAGCAAGAAGACGGUGCCGUUCCAGAGAAAUCAGAUGGGCAAAAUAGUGGAAAUUUUGGGUAUGCCUCGACGAGAAAACUGGAAGGGACUGGUGGACAUGCCGGAAUAUCCACAACUGCAGUCACUGAUUGUUUCUCGUGGUGGGAUGCCAGGAGGACUGUACCCGACCCCUUCUACAUCUCUAAACCGUGGCUCUAACGGUAACAACGGGAGUGGUCUCGAGGCAUGGUACAACAACUGCAUCCGGCACGCCAGCUACCCUCCCGAAAAGUCUCCCGGACAACGAGGGUUCCAACUCUUGUCGGAACUGUUCGAAUACGAUCCGGACCUACGAUUGACGGCGGAGCAGGCUCUGCACCAUGAAUACUUCCGAAACACCGACGACGGGCCAAACAAGGGCAAGAUAUGGGUCAGCAACAAUUGCUUCGAGGGACUGAAUGAGGUAUAUCCGCACAGGAGGGUCAGCACUGAAACGAAUGACAUUGGGACUGGCAGCUUGCCCGGGACAAAACGAGGCGGGUUGCCAGAUGACACGCUGCUCCCGGCGUCGAAAAGGAGAUAG